AGUGAGAAAAAGGAGAGAGGAGGACAGGACAGCAGAACACCCCUCGUCAGCGGCCGCCUCCAUCCAUCCCUGCCCCGGCGCGCCGUCGCCGUCGCCGUCGCCGGUCGGUCAUGUCGGGGCGCAAGGAGACGGUGCUGGACCUGGCCAAGUUCGUCGACAAGGGCGUCCAGGUCAAGCUCACCGGCGGCAGGCAAGUUUAUCCCAAUGCGACGCGUGCUGACUCUGGCAUUUGUACACCUCCAGUUACAGGAACUUUGAAGGGCUAUGACCAGCUUCUGAACUUGGUGCUUGAUGAAGCCAUUGAGUUUGAAAGAGAGCAAGAUGAUCCAUUGAAACUAUCGGCAAAAACCAGACAGCUUGGUCUCAUUGUCUGCAGGGGCACAGCGGUGAUGCUUGUAUCGCCAACCGAGGGAACAGAGGAGAUCAAAAACCCCUUCCAAGAGGCUGAUGGGGAACAAACCACUCGCUCGUAAGAAUGACCCGAGAAGCUGGUUGGAUUCCCCAUGGAGAGACUUACAUUAGCUUAUAGUAUUGGAUAUGGCAAUCUAUGUUGGAGCACUUGUCGUCCGAGGUUCAUAUUUGUGCCAAGAUGAUUAUGAGUCGCACUGGACUGUCUCGUGUAUAUGUUAACACGGAUGUAUUUACGUAUAUAUUCGCCUAUUGUGAUCUCUGACAAAUGUUUAUGCAUAUAUCCCCAUAACUCCGCAGAAGAUAUUUUCUUCUUUUAGUUGAAA